AUGACGCGGCGAAGCCCCACUCCACCACCGGACUUCCCGCUGGACAGUCUACCCAUCUACGAACCCCAUGACCAUAACGGGCCACCGCGCACCAAAAUCGGCUUCCACCUUCCCAUGCGCUCGCUGCCGGCGUCUCUAGCCCUCGACUUUUUUUUCCCUGGUGCAGGCUCUAACGAUAGCCUGCAAGCAGCCAACGCCUCCAGCAGCAGCAGUAGGACCCAUAGCAGUGGGGGGUCUGCAAACAGUGACCUUGGCGCGCGCUACGAAGAAGCCGACAACGGUGCCGGCAGUGGGCAUCAGCAGCACACCUCGAGGCUCGACCGCGCGGCGCACGGUACGAAAGGACUCUCCGCUGCGGGCGCUGGGAGUGUCACUGGCGACACAUCCACGGCGUUCUGCCGUCUGUGUCGCGAAAGCUUCGAUAAUGAUGGAACACUACGGUCACACAUUACGGUCGCAGACCGGGCGCGGCACGUCUCUCACCCGGUGCGCGAGGUGGCGCUUGAAACGCUGACACUGCUGGCCGUGCGCGGAUACCCCAUCGACAAUAUAAUGACGGUGUGGGCCGACAUCCUGUUCAACUGUCCACUGUUUCCGCGCAUUCGCAGCAUGACAGACCCGCGGUGGUCGAUCGAGAAGCGGGCUGCUCAAAUUGGCAUUAUCCUGCGGGCUUUAAAGCGGGUUGGGGUGCUUGAUGUCGCCCUUGCGACGGCAGAGCCGACGGACGUGGCGGGCUCGCUCAACUCGCGCUACCGGCAACGCCGCGUCGCCUUUGAACGACUGGAGUACAUUGGCGACAACUGCUGGGGCAACAAUAUUUCGAAUCGGAUCCUGUUGCUGUACCCUGAUCAGCAGUGGCUGUAUAGCGAGCGCUGCAGCACGUUCACGCUGGUGCGUGAUGCAUGUGAGAUGAACGUCAAUCUCGACUUUGUCUUCGACACACUGGAGCUGUGGCACCUCUUGUCGACCACGGCACACUCGCGACUAGGGAGUGGAAAGGUGAAGGCCGACCUUGUGGAAGGGAUCUUUGGGGAGCUGCACCUGCACCUCUACGGUAUGGUGCCUAAGCUGCAGGAUGAUGUGGAGUACGUGGAGACGAACGGCGCUAGAGAGGUGCAGCUGGUCGCACUCGUGGAGCACUGCCUGACAGAGCUAUACGACCUCAUCGUGCUGAAGCACGCACGCGACCUCGUCACAUCAGCCAUACCUCUCGCGAAGGAGCUGGCGGCGAAGCGAAUAUGGGCGCGAACGCGCCCUUUUGUGCUGCCGCAGAAGCGUCCCAACACUGGCCGGGCUCGAGGCAAGACUGCGAUGAGCAACGGGGCGCCGCAUGCAUCAGCCUUUCCAUCGGCUGUUCCGACGGUCGGACGCGUUGCCACCGGCGGGUAUACAGCGUCCUUUCCGGCACCACACACGGGAGUGGCGACCGCAAAUGCGUCUGUGGCUACGCUGGAGGACCUCUUCGAUGUGUCACCUUCGUCCUUGCAGCAGCAGCAGCAGCACGAUUUGUCCGCAUGCGGGGCGGCGAGUGGUACCAUCGAGUCGCGCGCUGACGGGCGCACGGAGGUAGCCGUGGUAAGCAACAGCGGUAAAGGUAGCAGGCAUAACACGAAAGAGCGGGCCGAAGAAGCGGCUGCAGUGGCGAGGGGGCGAGCCGGCGUGAUGCCAAUCUCUCCUUUAUUCCCCACCCCCUUAUCCCUCACGCUGUCGGCCUCCAUUGGUCUGGGUAGCACGCGUGUCCUGCCGGCGUUGCCGCGUCUCUUUACCGCUCCACACGUGUACCCCGAACGCGUGCCCAACCCGCUGCGCCUCCUGCCGCUCUCGGCCAUCCCAAGCAUGACCUACUGUCACCACACGUGCUCGGACGUUUUUGCGAGGAUGAAGAUGAGUUACGAGCGCCUUGGUCUGCUUCAUGAAGGUUCGAGCCACAUGCACUAUGUGGUAAGCCCUACUCCGCCGAGGUGGGCGGUGCUGAUCGCCACACUUGUGCCGCAGCUCGUGGGAUGCGCGCCGCUGCCUGUCAAGCCGACCGGUGACACAAAAGGGGCGUCGGCCGAAGCGCGUCGGCUUUUAGCGUCCAUGGAUCAGGGCGGCCUGUACUGCCGGGACGCCCUCUACAAUCUCGCAGUGUUGCCGUCCUCGCCUGCUGCCGCCUCGCGACCCCACGCAACGCCGCCGCCGAUGAGCACUGCGUGGGCGCUGCAGAAUGCCGGCUUGCCCGCCCUCUCUGCCACGCCGAGCAAGACAAGAGAGGACGACGACGACGCUUCCUCGGACAAAAGCGGGCGCAGCGGGUGCACCUUCGCUCCCUCCCGCUACGUCCCGCCCGGUAUUCGAGCGCCGCCGGCUGGCGUGGUGACAGACCGUAACCUCUGCCGCGGCGUCUUUGCCUUCCUGGCUGUCGGUGUGGCUGACGCCGUGGCAGAGGCUGAGCGACUCACACGCACGGACACGGCGUCGGUCAGUCCCGCUACCCCGGCGGGCCCCACCACAGGUGCGCGGUCCUCUGGUGAGUGCCCGGCGCAGCACUCGGCAGAAGACAACUCGCCUAAAGCGUCGGCCACUGCGUACGCGCAGCGGAUGAAGGCGGCAAUGGACUACUGGCGGCGCCGCUCGCAGACGUCCCUCCAGAGCUUAUCGGCCGCAUCCGGUGAGGCGUCACUGCCUCGCUAG